CCAAAUUUAUAAAGUGUUAAAAGUGUAACAUUGGUGGCCAUUACAAAACCUAAACUUUUUUAUCAGAACAAAUGUCCAUUUGAUGUUUCGGCGACGUUGUGACUAAUCUCACGGAAACUUACCUAAAAAUCGCGAAUUGUGCUUUAUUUUACUUUGAUUGAUAUUCCCUCCAGUGCUUCUAAGUCCGUUCUUGGGAAUCCUUGUUGUAAAUUAUUUCAAAACGUUUUGUGCCGACCGACAAUUAUUGGGGUUGACUUCUCACAAGGAACUGUCAAUUGUUACAUUUUUUCGAUACAUUCAUUUCUUUUAUCAAUAAAUAUUAAUUAGCCCUACACGUAUAACGUUAUUUGGUACAAGAUUCGCAGGCUUCGUAGUGAUUUGUGUAACAAAAAUGAUUUUGAGAUAAAUUGUAUAAUAGUGCAGUGGUAAUAGUAACGCAGUGAAGAAAAAAAUAGCAAUAUAAUAUAUAAAAGAAGUGACAAAAGUGUUGUUGUGUUGGAUUGUGUUAUGGAGACGCGUCGCUGGCUGAUGUCGCGGAGGCUGUGGUGACAUGGGCUGCGCUGCGGCCCCGACAGACGCUGGACACAGGGAGUGAGCUGAGUGCUGGGCAUUGCGCCUGCACAACAAGUCUUGUAUUAUGAAUAAGCGUGAUAAUAGCAAGGACAAAGAACGACAGAGUGAAGACAAAAGAACAUCCGCAACCGGUGCGGUGGGCGGGCGUGGAGUGGGCGGCAGCAGCGCAAUGCAUACGUCGAGGCAUUCCGUCACCUCGUCUUCGGGCGUUCUUAUGGUGGGGCCUAAUUUCCGCGUCGGCAAAAAGAUCGGCUGCGGAAACUUUGGCGAACUUAGGCUCGGCAAAAAUCUCUACAACAAUGAACAUGUAGCGAUUAAGAUGGAGCCUAUGAAAUCAAAGGCUCCACAAUUGCAUCUAGAAUACCGAUUUUACAAGUUAUUAGGCACGCAUGCGCCGUCGACUGCAGAGGGCAUACCGGAGGUGUAUUACUUCGGCCCUUGCGGUAAAUACAACGCACUGGUGAUGGAACUGCUGGGCCCGUCACUCGAGGAUCUCUUCGAUUUAUGCGGCCGUCGAUUCUCUCUAAAGACUGUAUUAAUGAUCGCUAUGCAGUUGUUACAUCGUAUCGAGUAUGUCCAUACGAGACAUCUCAUAUACCGAGAUGUAAAACCGGAAAAUUUUUUAAUAGGUAGAACUGCAACAAAAAGGGAAAAAAUCAUUCACAUCAUUGAUUUUGGUUUGGCCAAAGAAUAUAUAGACUUAGAGACAAACAAACAUAUCCCAUACCGGGAACACAAGUCACUCACGGGGACUGCGAGAUACAUGUCAAUAAAUACACAUUUAGGAAAAGAACAAUCAAGACGCGACGACCUAGAGGCUCUUGGGCAUAUGUUUAUGUAUUUUUUACGUGGUUCCUUACCCUGGCAGGGUUUAAAAGCUGAUACACUUAAAGAGCGAUACCAAAAAAUUGGUGACACCAAACGAGCGACGCCUAUAGAGGUGCUAUGCGAAGGCCAUCCCGAGGAGUUGGCGACGUACUUACGCUACGUGCGCCGGCUCGACUUCUUCGAGACUCCCGACUAUGACCAGCUGCGGCGAAUGUUCCGUGAUCUCUUUGAGCGCCGCGGCUACGUGGACGACGGCGAGUUCGACUGGACUGGCAAGACCAUGUCAACACCAGUGGGUUCGAUCCAGACGGGACAUGAGAUAGUAGUCUCACCUAAUCGCGACAGUCAUCAGCCCUUUCAUAAGGAUGAUUUGUGUGAUUAUAUGAUUGGUUUGGUUGAGGACGAUGAGGCGGCGCUAAUAUCCGGAGAGAUGGCAGCGCUGGCGAAGACGAAGGAUUUCGGUACAGGUGGAACGGCGAACACGGGCGGUAACUGGCCACACAGCGGGAAGGCAACGCCGCUUAAUACUGGCCAUCUCACGCCCGCAGACAGACAUGGAUCUGUGCAGCUAUUGAAGAAUAAGCAUUUUCGGUAUGUGAAAUUUCCCGGAUCGGUAUCCACGGUGGUGAGUUCAACGAACGGCGAGCUUGGCGCAGACGACCCUACCGCAGGCCAUAGCAACACUCCAAUCACCCAGCCGCACCACGAGGUCGACGUGGUAGACGACACCAAGUCAGUGUUCCAACUACAAUCUGUGUAUUCCAGAUGCUGUUGUUUCUUCAAACGCAAAAAGAAGAAGUGCGCGGCGCGGGCCGGCAAGUGACGCGAGUGCGCGUGACGCCCCCCUUCCCGUCGCU